AUGACACCCACCAACGCAGCUGCCUGGCUUUCCGAAGCAAAGAGCUAUCCUUUCGAAAUAAAGAAAUCAGAGCUCGGCAACCCAGAGGCCAACGAAAUCCUCGUCCGCAACCAUGCUCUCGCCAUCAACCCUAUCGAUGGAAUGAUCCAAACCAAGGCAUUCUUCCCCUUGAACUACCCAACCAUUCUCGGGCAGGACGUUGCCGGCGAGGUGAUUUCCGUCGGCGACAAUGUCACCCGAUUCAAACCCGGGGAUCGUGUUCUAGGCCACGCCGUUGGGCUCAUGGCCGGACGCAACGAGGCCUGCGCUUUUCAGACCUACACUAUCCUGCAGGUCAACCUGGCGUGUGAAAUACCAGACCGCCUCACUUACGAACAAGCCGUCGUCCUCCCUCUCUGCCUCUCCACCGCCGCCUGUGGGAUGUUCCAGGAGGAUUUCCUCCACCUCAAACUCCCGACUGAGCCCCGCGCUGCGUCCACCGGACAGACCCUCUUGGUCUGGGGCGGCGCGUCCUGCGUCGGCAGCAAUGCCAUCCAGCUGGCUGUCGCUGCGGGCUACGAGGUGAUCGCCACCGCAUCUCCAAAGAACUUCGACUACGUCAAACGGCUGGGGGCUCGCCAGGUCUUCGACUACGGCAGUCCAACCGUCUGCGAGGACAUUGUCCACGCAGCCAAGGAUAGGGUCCUGGCCGGCGCGGUCGACUGUAUCGGUUUCUCUGCCACGGCCGUGUGCGUUGAUAUUCUGAGCCGAUCACAAGGGGAGAAGUUUGUCGCGACGGUCAAGGGCGGUUUCGCGCCGCCCCCGGAUGGGAUCCAGGUGAAGCAUAUCUUCGGCACGACCCUCAAGGACAAUUUCGUUGGAAAAGCCGUGUACGAGGACUUUCUUCCGCGAGCGCUGCUGUCAGAGGCGUUUGUGCCUGCUCCUGCACCUCUGGUUGUGGGGGCCGGUCUGGAAAGGGUGCAAGAGGCGGUGCAUCUGUAUGGAAAGGGGGGGAUUUCUGCGCAGAAGGUGGUUGUUCUGCUAUAA